AUGCAUCUUCUAAUCUCCGAGCGCAUCAAACGACUACUCGAGUAUCCGGAAUGCUACGUCGUCAAAGUUCAGAGUCAACUGAAGAAGAAAAAGCGGCAGGCAGCUUCCGGGAAUACCGAUAAGCAAGAAGUACUAAAUGCUUCGGGAAAUAAUAAGGCUGGUCUAGCAAAGUCAUCAACCUCUUUCCUCAAUCUCAACGUUGGAACAGAUGGAGGACACCAGGUGGGACAAGGAGGUACAAAGCAUGCCAAAACAAGUAGGACGUCAGCGAAGCCUACGAGCUCUUCGACGUCUGAGGCAGUCGUGGGAGAAAAGCGGCAAAGUGAGAAAAAGAAUGCAGAUAAUUUGAACAGUAGCGGUCUUCUCAACGAUAGUACAGCACUUCUAGAUACAACGGUUGAUCAUGGGACAGUUGACGCUGGGACGACUGCUCAGGGUCAGGGAGUCUCUUCUGCAGUAGAGGAUGAUACGAAUUUAUGCAUUGCUUCUAUAUAA